CCCCUUCACCGCGACACCGCACUGCCCGACCUCGUCGCCUCUAUAUAAACCCGCGGCGCACGCCUCGCUCCUCCCAACACAACCACCGCCUCCGAUCCCCCCUGGCCGCCCUGCACUGCACUUGACCUCAAUCACCGCGCGAAGAAAGAAUCUUUUCCUACUAUUUUCUUACCAUGGGCGCGUGCAACUCGUGCGAGGCGACGGCGGUGGCGGCGGUGACCGGGAGCGCGGCGCCACUUGGAGAGGCGACGGCGGCGAGGGUGGUGCUCGCGGACGGCGAGCUGCAGCGGUUCCCCGGGGGCACCCUGGCGUCCCACGCGCUCAAGGCGGCCACUGCCGGCGCGGGCGCGUGCUUCCUCUGCAGCGCGGACGGCCUCCAGCUGGGCGGCGCGGUAGCGGCGGUGGCGCCCGACGAGGAGCUGCAGCCCGGCCAGCUCUACUUCAUCCUCCCCGCGGCGAUGCGGCGGCGACCGCUGCAGGCGGAGGAGAUGGCCGCGCUAGCCAUCCGCGCCAGCGCCGCGCUGGCGGGCGACCACGACGGCCCGCUCGUGUUCCCGGAUUCGGCGCCCGCUGCCGCGAGGAGCGGCGGUAAGGGGUCCCGGCGGCGCUCGCGGAGGACCGCCAGCCUGGGGCGGGACUUCGUGCCGGAUCUCGGCGCCAUUGCGGAGUAGCUGGCCAGCUCGCCGCUCGUACGUCCGGCGAGGAUAGAGAUCGAAUCCAACGCUAGCCCGCGCGCGCGGCGGUGUAUACUAAUCGGCCAACGGAGACUUUGACUAAUGCUAAUCUAGCUAGUGUAGCUUAGCUGGCUCGCUGUAGCAACUGUACUUUGUAGUUGUAGGGGAAGCAGAAAGACGCGUAGGCACAUUGCAUGUUCUGAUCCACGGGUUGUUCUUCACAGGAUCUCCAGGUCUCCUUUGUGUGUGGCUGACGGAUGGGCCUGCGUCCCACGAGGCUAACUGUCCUGCACUCUCACUUGAUUGGGAUAUCUAACGAUGAGCAAUUCCGACAGAUCCCA